CGUCAAAUGAUGGAUUUUCAAUGUGCAAUGGAAACAGUUGCAGAAGCUUGGGUUGCAGCUAAUGCUCAAACUACUUUAAGUGUUACAGGAGCAAAGGAAGGUCAGGUGAGAACACAAGUCGAAGCUAAAAAAUAGUCGAAACCGUGUGAACCAUGGCAUUUACAAUGUGCAUAGUAACUUAGUAAGGCAGCGUGUAUGUAUUGACUAAAUUGAGUGUGACUUCGAUAAUCAGGAUAGGCGAAUCUUUGUUCAUGUCCAUCAUUUCAAUAGACUAGGCAGUCACUGAGUCAGUAGACUAGCGCUGUUUUCUGCAGCGUUUUCGCAAAGCAUAUUAAGUAUUCAAACUUCAAUGGCCACCACAAACUCUAGUGGUCCUGUUGUAACCCUCCAGGACUUAAGUGAAAGGAGGGAACAUGUUCAGGAUGGAAGUGAAAGUGGAGAGUCUUCUGGUAUAUGUAGUCAUUUAAGCCAUUUAACAUCUCCAACUGUUUUGGGAGAUUAUCGUACAAUUCACAACUCCAGAAUGCCUGUCCUUGGACCAGGAAAGGCUCUUCCAGUACACUGUGUGGUGGAGCAGGCUCCUGCUCAGUACAGUAGCACAUCCGGUGAUUCAACCCAGCUGUCAGUAGAACUAGACAGUUAUGCCAUUAUCCCCAUCAGUACAUUAUUUACUGAAGUUGUUCAGAUGGCUCUUGUUAAGCUGGGCUACUCAGCAUCAGAAGCUGUUGGAGCUAAAGGAGCUAUACAGUUAAGAAACUGGAAACCAUUAGCUUUUGAACAAAUUACUGAAAUGUCAGAUGCUACAGUGGGGGAAAUUCUGGGAGAACUUGCAGGAAUAGCAACACUGAGGAUUCGGCUGUUUAGACAGCAUCUCAAGCAGUGCAUCAUCCCUGCUCAUGAGAAUAGGGUUCUUACCCUCUUACCUGAACAGACAUGCCCUCGUCCAAGCUUGGGGUGGGAGCUGUACCGCUAUAAGACUGCUAGUAAUUGUAAUAUAUGGACAUAUGAUAUGGUAAGAAAUGCUGUCCUGGAACUACUGAGAGAAAUGUCCCAAAGUUCUCUAGCCAAAAUCUGCCCUCUGCCUCAGCCAGUAUUAUCAAACAUUGCCAAUAACAAAACAAAAAUGAAAAUUGGGCGAGAAAAAUGUAAAGAAUUUGGAAAGUGGUACAUAGAAUUUCGACGACAAAACGUGGGUGCUAGUGGAUUCAUUACAAAGGACACUCAUCCUCAUGAUGGUCGAAUGACAUUUCAUCCAUCUAAAGAAUUACCAGUUAUGAGAGAAUGGUAUCAAGCAUGCAGGAAUCCAUCACUGAGAACACUCCAAAUGUAUACUGACAUCCUAAAUGAAACAACGCUACGUCAACAAGAGAGACCAAAGGUAACAGUGACGUGUUUGAAAAACUGGUGGAAAAAUGAAAGACAAAGAGAGCGUAAACGAAAUGGAGUCAAGUGUCAUACACGGACUAAACAUGUGAAGAAUCCAGAUGUUAGAAGACAAGAAAUUAUUCAACCUCGUCCAAUGAUGAUGAUAGAACCAAGGUUUCAAGUUCUUGAAGUUCGAAGUAAUUUAAACUUUAACCCAACUUGAUUUGUAGAUAGUAUUUUUUGUACUCUAGUAAAGCUAGGUCAUUGGAGAAAUGCUUUGUAUGUCUUCAACAUAUUCUAGGGUUCUCAUUUUUCAGGAAACCACUAACUAUGAAGAAGAGCUCAGCUUUUAAGCAUAGUCAUUGUAGAAGAAUGUUUUGUAACAUUAUGUGAAAUAGCCAUGUUGUUAGGGUUUCCAAAUUUCUUAACACAUUUUUACGAAAAACCUUUACCUCUCAUUUUAAUCAGUAAAACAUGUAAACAACCAGCAUAUAAUUAUCAUCAUUUUAAUAGGUAAAACAUGUAAACAACCAGCAUGUAAUUAUCAUUCAUAGUUAACACCUAGUUUCUCCAAUCAGCUGCUAUUUAAAAAGUAAUUUUAAUGAAGCCUUUGUUAAGUGUACAGAACUAUCACUAUCACUGUAUAUACAUAUUCAAUGUAUGAUGUCAUUGGCCAUGGUUAUUUCUUUAAAUUAGUUAAACUAAUAUAUUAGCUGACUUUGAAGAUACUUUUAGUGAUGUCAUAUGUUAACAGAUUCCUGCUAUGCCCACACAGCUGUAGGUCAUGAUGACAACUAAAUGAUAAAAUGGCAAAUUUGCACAUUCUGAUUUAAUGUUGGUUUCAGUAUGCAAAUGACUAGAAGUUUUAGAAUGUGUAAUUAAAAUUCUCCCUAUAUUUGUAAAGUAAUAUGAUAUAUAUUUAUCUUUAAUUAACAUUGUAAAACUGUAUUAACCUAACUUCUGUCUUAAAAAUACUUCUCAUUUGCAUUUGAGAACAUAAUUGUCUUGUUGAUCAUAAAAUAAAUUGCACCCAAAUAUGUUAUACUAAAGUUACAGGAUUUAACAGUGUUCCUCUGAAAAUUACUUACAAUCAGGGAUUUUAAGAUUCUGGGAAAGUUGAAUUUGUUUUAUGAAGAAAUUGAGAAUGUUACAUAAAAAAAAUAGUAUCUACUGACUUUUAAAAUAGCAUUGUUCCAUCUCAGUCUGAUACAAUCAUCAUGUCUCUAGAAGUUAGAUGUAAUGUUACCAUAAAAUAAAUUACAUCAAUUGUAUUUUAUUUAAUCCUUUCCAGCCUGGUGGCAGUAUGUUGCCUUUUUUUUUUGCAUUUGGAAUAAUAAACAUAAAUAUCUUAUAAACUUUACCACAUCUGAAACAUGGACACUUCAAAUAUAAAAUAUGAUAAUCAUUGAAUAUUUUUGAAUCUAUAUUAGACUUUUUUUUGGUAAAUUUGCAAUUUAUAAUGAAUUAAAAACCACUGCUUGAUAUGGCUUUGUACUAUGCCAUUGUUCAGUAUUGCCCAUAACCAUUGGCUUAAAUGUCAAGUUUUACAUGCUUAUUAACAGUAAUGUCCCCCAGUGGCACAGCGGUAUGUCUGCAGACUUACAAUGCUAGAAACCUGGUUUCAAUACCUAUGGUGGGCAGAGCACAGAUAGCACUUGUGUAGCUUUUGCAUAACUAAAAACAAACAAACAAAUUAGCAGUAAUAUAGUCAUUAUAUCAUGCACUAACCCAUUUUGUUGGAAGUUUUGUGAUAAAAUAGGUAUCAGUAAAUGUAAUGUGAAUAUGUACUAUUUACUCUAUUAUAUCUUAGUUAUAAAAGUUAUACCUGUAAUCCUUUUUAUUUACAAUAGUAAAUUGGCUCCUCCCCCCAAGCUAAUCUCUAAGCUCAUGUAAGGUGAAAUCCACUGCAAUACUUCACUGUUUCAAAUUACCAGUGGAAGUGUUUAUAAAGUGUGAAGCAACUACCAAAGCAAUUACUUCAUUACCUGUAGGUUAUAUACAAAAUAGUGAUACCAUUAGAGUAUGUGAAAGCAUGUGAUCAUGAAGGGUUCUUUGUAAAUAACUAGAAGUUUAAAACCCAUAUAAGGAAAAACAAAGAUCUAUGGCAAAUAGGUUGUAAAAAGUAAAACAGUCGUACUUUUAGACUAUUUGUGAUUCAUUAGCCUUAGAAGUUUGAAAGUCAGUAAACAAAAAUUACAGUCAAUUUAAUUUUACAGUUUUUGACCCUACCAACUUCAAAAAUGUUCAUUGUUUUCAAACUGUUAUAGUUAAAUAUAAGCAACAAACAUGUACGAAUACCACAGAUUUGCAGAUAUGUUUUGUACAUUGACAAAUUUUAAUCUUUGCAGCUAGGAUGUUUUAACAUACUUUACUACUCAAUUAAAAAUUACUACAGUUGGGAGACAGAAGUCGAAAUUAUGGUCAAGACCUUAGAUUUUUAUUACUUUAUCCAAAACAAAUGUUAAUGAAACUUAUAUCACAACAAAAUUCUAAAUAUGAACAUUUCAGUUAGUUUUAUUUUGUAGCUGAUUUGAGGGAAGAGAUCAAAUAAAAUUUUUAAAACUUAAUGAUGUCAUUUGCCAUUUUAAAAAGCAUGAGAUACUGGACUAGAAAGGGUAAAUUAAAAUUCUGUUUAUGUUCAUAAAGUAAUAAUAUCAGAACGUUUUUAGACAGUUAUAUAGUAUAUUCCGAAAAGUUCAUUUGAGUUAAAUUUAUAAAGCAGAUUUGAGUUUAAAACAGUUUUUCAGCUUUAAAAAAUAAAUGAGCACUUUAAAUGGCCUUCUAAAAUUCCUAAAAUUUUGUUUAUUAGUAAUACCUUCUAUUUCAUUUAGCAUCAAUAGACUUUAACCAAAAUAAUUUCUUGCAGUAUUGUAUGACAGCCAUUGAAGUAUGUAAACUUUUUGUUUUGUUAGUGGAAGACUUAUCAGAAACGUUGGAUUGUUCUUGUAAUUAUUGCUUCCAGAGAGACAGUAAGAAUUUUCAGAGGAAAGUUUUAUUAAACUAUCAGAAAAGGCAAAUUUACAAUAAGUAAAAUGGAGAGAUGCUUGAAGACUAAUAGUUAUAUUUUAUGUAUAAAAUAUAUAACUUCUCAGUAACAUUUAGUUGUUAUGAUAGAAAUUUCAUAAAGUGUACCAUAUAUUUUGGUUCUAUAUUGUUCUAGUUUUCCAACUUAUAAUUGUUAUAAUACUUUUGUUAGGACUGAUUUAUGGGUUAUUACAAUAGUAAUAUAGCUAGAGAGAGUUAAGCAUUGCUUUUAACUUAUGUGAGUGUUGUUUCAAAAAAUUCCCAUUUAAAUUCAUAACAUUUUCAUUACCACUAAGUUUCUUCAUGAUGUGUGAACUAUUUUUUGUUUGUUUUAUGAUAGCAUUAUCAUGAAAUAAGAUUUUAUCGAUGUUCAAGCUUGUCCCGGUGGAUUCUACAGUUUCUAUCUCAUUAUCAGCAAAAAAAUAAAUGGUGGGGGAUGACAGUCAAAUCCUAAUGUUCAGUCUGAUAAGAGCAGCAUGAGAGUUGUCAGUGAUUGGUGUUGACUAGUUGCUUUCCACUCUAGAGUGUCAGUUCAAGAUUAAGGAUAGCUAAUGCAGAUAGUCCUAGUGUAACUUCAUACAACAUUCAGCAAAACAAACAAAUUUCAGCCUUUCAAUAUGUUUCACCUUAAUAUAUAGCAUCAUGAUUAUAAAAAAAGUUCAGCAUUUAAAUCUGAUUUGAAUCAGCAUAAUACCAUAAUUAGUGGAAAAUUUUAGCCUUAAAACCCAGUCUCAUUUUAUGAGACCACUAGGAAAUUUUAAUCUUAAAUCCUGUUUGGGCUGCAUAGCACUAGAGAAAAUAUCAGUUUUCAAAUCUUUGUUAAACAUAAUACAUGUACCAUGAUUGAACAUAAUUUUGAUUAGUCAGAAUAAAAACAUUACUUUCCCUUUAUUAUAUUGGUUAAUAAUUAUAGACAAAAAUUGUUUAUAUAACCAAAUAGAUAUUUGUAUUAAUGAUAAUCAUCUUAGUUUCACUUUUUUUGUACCUAAAUCUUUUCUUGAAGUCUUAUCAUUUUAUUUGUUUUAGAUCAAAGUCAGUCAGUGAAACCAACUGACUGUCUGUAAUAAAAUAAAUAUAUUAUCAGGAUAUAGUAAAAAUGACUUUGUACAGUUUUGAAGUUUAAUUUCCCUAUUUCUAGUUAUUGUUGGAGAAAUGGCAUAAGAGCAGAAAACAUUAUUUCACAGGUUUAACGUUACAGAUUGUAUGAGUGUUUUCAAGCUUUAGUGUUUGUUUGUAGGGUCUAAAUGGCACUUCUGCUAGAAAAUUAACCCUUUAAACAUGACUGUACAUCUUAUUCCAACAACUAACAGUCUUUUACUCUAAAUGGGAAAUAAAAUUGUCUUUUGUCUCAAAGUAUGUAAGAUGUAUUUUGUAAUUGGUUGUGUCACAAUUUCAAAUACUGUUCUUUAUAUUAUAAUGCGCCCCAGUGGCACAGCGGUAUGUCUGCGGACUUAUAAUGCUAGAAUCCGGGUUUCGAUACCUUGAUGGGCAGAGCACAGAUAGCCCAUUGUUUUAGCUUUGUGCUUAAUUGCAAACAAACUUUAUAUUAUACAUUAGAGUAGGUUCAUGGGAUGCAAGAAGUUUUCAUCAUUUUAUUUAUUUUCACAGUUCGGUAUUUUCAUAACUGUAAAAGUGUGGUUUUAGAAAAAUAUAAGUAAUUUAGUGGAAUUAACAGUUGGUAAAAUAAAAAUUUGUUUGUUUAAAAACU